UAUCAAAUAAGUUUUUUUUUCAUCUCUCUUUGUUUACUAUUUAUAAUUUCUUUUUGCUAAAAAAUUACAAAUUUUAUGCGAAUCAUUUAACUCUUAUUAAUGAAUACAAAUGUUAUGGCUUCACAAUUUUUGUCAUAAUGUUAUGAAUCGUAUGAUUCCGUAACACGUGAAUCCAUAUGUGCUCUUAAUUUAUACUAAUAUAAUACAGCAAAGACUGAUGAAAUAGUUAAUAUGGAACUGGGGAGUAAGAUUAUAAUGAAGGGCGCGAGAAAACAAAAGCGUGCAUACCACAGACUUAUUAAGGAUAUGAAUAUUAAAUGUUGUGAUAAGCCUAUGAAAAAUAUACUGAUUUGCAAUGCAGGAUUAUCAACUGGUUUUGAUAAAGUGAUGUUACAAAAUAUCGUUUCUCCUAUAAUAUCUAAUUGUGAAUUCAUCAUGCCGCAAGGACGAUCUUAUUGUUUCAUUAAAUGUCAGUUAGAAACUGAUGCUAUUGAAUUGUACAAUAAAAUACAUGGACGUUUUAAAUUGAAUGGUCAAAAUACACCGUUGUAUUUGACAUAUACUGAAUCAGUACCAAAUUUAUAUAAGGAUACACGUGAUUCUGUAUUACCACCUGGUCUUAAACUAAUAGAAAAUUUUAUAAAUGAAGAAGAAGAGAAAUCUUUAUUGAACAUAAUUGAUUGGACAGAAAUGGGAUCUUUUUCAUCUGAUCUGAAGCAAAGAAAAGUAAAACACUUUGGAUAUGAAUUUCAAUAUCAUUCAAAUAAAGUUGAUCCUAAUUUACCAAUUAUACCAAUUCCAGAAGAAUGUAAUUUUUUACAAGAUUUAUUUAAAAAACAUGGAUGUGGAGCAUAUGACUAUGAUCAACUUACUAUCAAUCAUUAUUUACCUGGUCAAGGAAUACCUCCACACAUUGAUACACAUAGUCCUUUCGAAGAUACUAUACUUUCUUUAUCAUUGAGUUCUUCGUGUGUUAUGAAUUUUAAAAAAGGAGAUAUGAAAGUCGAUGUUGUUCUACCUCAACGUUCAUUGUUAGUUAUGACUGGUGAAGCUCGUUAUGCAUGGACACAUGGAAUUUCUUCGAAAUAUAAUGAUUUAAUUGAAACUACUAAUGGAGUUAUGAAACAAACGCGAGGUGUAAGAACUUCAUUCACAUUUCGCAAAAUACGAACAGGUCCUUGUUCUUGUAUGUUUAUAGAAUACUGUGAUUCAAAGAAGGACUCCUUUUCUUCUUUUGUAGACAAUAAGUCAGCAGCAGAAUUAGAACAAUCUUAUGUACAUAAAGUAUAUGAUGAAAUCUCAGAUCAUUUUAGUGAAACUCGAAGUAAAGGCUGGCCUAAUGUAAUCAAAUUUUUAAACAGUUUAAAUGAUGGUGCAUUAGUAGUAGAUGUUGGUUGUGGAAAUGGCAAAUAUCUUCAAACAAAUGAAAAUAUUUUUAAAAUUGGCUGUGAUCGAAGUUUUAAAUUAGCAGAAAUAUGUAGAGAACGAAAUUUUGAAGUACUUUUAUCUGAUUGUUUACAUUUACCAUAUAAAGACAAUUCUGUAGAUUCUGUGAUAAGUAUUGCUGUUAUUCAUCAUUUGUCAACUCAAGAAAGAAGAAAAAGAGCAAUAUCUGAAAUGGUACGAAUACUUCGACCAUAUGGUAAAUGUUUGAUCUACGUAUGGGCAAAAGAUCAAAAUAGAAAUUCCAAGCAAUCUAAUUAUUUAAAAUAUAAUACAAAUAAGAAAAAUGAAAAAGAAAAUGAUAAAUGUAUAUUACAAAUAACUGAUCAAAAUUUGUUACUUCCUAUACAUAGAAAUCGUACAGAAUUUACUCACAGCGAUAUGCUUGUACCUUGGAAAAAAAGAAGUGGUGAUAAUUUUCUUAGAUAUUAUCAUCUUUUUGAAGAAAAAGAAUUAUCAGAAUUAUGUUCAGAAAUUCCUUUGGCAUUGAUUAAGAAUACUUACUACGAUCAAGGUAAUUGGUGUAUAAUUUUAGAAAAGAAUAUAUAAGAGUGUAUAAAAAUAAAGAUACCAAAAUAAAAUUGUUUUUGUAGUA